UGGAAACGAAGAUUGUUUGUGGUGACUGACUGAAAGUGUUAGAGAGUUCGAGAGAGGAGAGACGAAAGGACGAGCUGCCCGAGUCACUCACCUGUAGCGCUACAGGGGGGACGCAUUCACACUGGUUUUACUUUCUGAAUUUUUCUUCCGAACUCGAAGUGCUGAGGUUGAGUUUUUAGUCAUGACUGAGGCAGUCAUCCCCAACGGCUGCCCGAGCGGCGAGGUCGCCGAGAACGGCUACUUUAAAAAGGGCUGUAACCCGCUGGCACAGACGGGGCGCAGUAAGCUCCAGAAUCAGAGAGCGAGCCUCAACCAGCAGAUCAUCAAACAGAUGAGGAUGAGAGCAGGGGCUGAGAACCUUCUUAAGGCCACAUCCAAUAAUAAAGUGCGAGACAUGGUUCUAUUGGAGUUGAGUUAUGUGAACGCUAACCUGCAGCGUCUUAUGGAACAACUGGAGGGUCUGAACAGCUCAGUGGAAGUUUACCAGAAUGUACAUGGUUCGGUCAGCAUCCCCCUCAUUCCUCUGGGUUUGAAGGAGACCAAAGAUGUGGACUUCACUGGUCCUUUCAAGGAUUUUAUUCUUGAACAUUACAGUGAGGAUGGUGCAAGCUAUCAGGAUGAGAUUGAUGAUCUGAUGGACCUCAGAAAGGCAUGCCGCACUCCAAGCCGCAAUGAUGCAGGGGUUGAGCUACUCUCAAACUACUUCAGCCAGCUGUCCCUUUUGGAGAGCCGCUUCUACUCCCCCAACCGCCAAAUGGGCAUUUUCUUCACAUGGUAUGACUCUUUCACUGGCGUGCCGGUGUGCCAACAGAACAUGUCUCUGGAGAAAGCCAGCGUCCUCUUCAACAUUGGCGCCCUCUACACCCAGAUCGGCACUCGCAGCGACAGACAGACGCGCACCGGCCUUGAGGAAGCCAUUACUGCCUUCCAGAGAUCAUCUGGAGUUCUACAUCACCUGAAGGAGACUUUCACACACACUCCUAGCUAUGACAUGAGCCCAGCCAUGUUGAGUAUGCUGAUAAAGAUGAUGCUAGCACAGGUUCAGGAGUGCCUGUUUGAAAAGCUUGCUCUGCCAGGGAUCCGUAAUGAGUUCUUCAACUUGAUCAGAAUGGCACAGGAAGCUGCUAAGGUGGGAGAAGUGUAUGACCAGGUCCAUCAGUCAAUGAUCCAGAUGCCCAUUAAGGACAACGUACCCUUUUUCUGGUCCACGAUGGCGCAAGUGAAGACCCAGCACUAUCGCUCCCUUGCUCAUUACUUCAUCUCCACUGCUCUAUUGGAUCACCAGAUAAACCCCAGUGAUGAUGAGGAUAAGCAGGAGAAAGCUCUAUCUCAGCUGUAUGACGCAAUGCCAGAUGGACGCUCACCUCUUGACAUCCUGCGACAGAAAGACGAGAGGCGCCACAUAGGUAAGGCUCACCUGAAGCGUGCAAUAAUUGGCCAGGAAGAAGCGCUGCGCAUCCAAGGGCUCUGCCGUCACCUCCGAAAGCUGGACAUGCUCAACAACAUCCUGCAGGCCAGCCACAAGCGGUCUCUCAGCAAGUUCGAACAGUAUGACAAUGAAGACGAGUUCACUGACUACAUGGACGCACCAGACAUCAUCUCUAAAACUGAGCAGAAAGCUGAAAUGGAAGUUCCUGCCUCCAUUAAGGGCCCGCUGUCUGUGUUCUCGGCAAAGCAGAGGUGGACAGCACCGCGCACAGUCAGACUGAAGCUUGAGGAUAGAGACCUGGGAUUCACUCUGAAGGGGGACGCUCCUGUCCAGAUCCAGUCGCUGGACCCCCUUUGUUAUGCAGCCGAGGAUGGAUUGAAAGAGGGCGAUUACCUGGUUGCCGUGGGUGAUACAGAUUGCAAAUGGAUGGGGGUGAGCGAUGUCAUGAAGCUGCUGAAAGAUGUGGAUGAGGAAGGCAUCGACAUUAAAGUGGUCAGCAUGAUGGACAGCAGCAGCCAGCCAAUGCCAGCAAAAAGUGCCACGUAUUCCGGUGGCCUGCCCAAGACUUACUCCAUGAUCUGUCUGGCUUUCGACGAUGAUGACAAGAAUCCGAAGGGGCGCAAAGUGACCAAGAAGAUGUCCUUCCUCAGCUGGGGGGUGAAGAACAAGCACAAGAGUGCCAGCACCCUCAGCCUGCCCACUGCGGACUACAGCGGAGCACUGCCCAUACACAAACCCUGCCCCACCUUCCCCAGCUCCUACAAUGACAGUGCCCUCUACUAAACGCAACACGCAGGCAUGCACACUCAGACUGAACAAAUGUUACAUCCACAAACACUAAUCAGCCUAUUCUGUUCCACAGGGAGGAGGAAGUGGAUCGGUCAUAAGGAAAACAAAAGCACCUUGCACAAAAUCUUAAAUGAAAUGUCAAAAGCUUUUUCGUGAAUAGCAUUUAUACCAGCUGAGGAAAGUUUUAAAGGCCGGAGGAUGACUUGCAUUAUUCCUUUUUAGUCUACAGUUAACCCAAGUGUUAAAAAUAGGAUUUACUUAUGUGGGAUGUUAGGAAAUUCAGUAGAAUAUAUGCUAUAUAUCUGUUCAACUGUGCCAUUUAUGGGAGGAAAUCUGAUGAUGCAUAUACUUUUUUCAGGAGCUAAAAGGACUCUGGUUUUAUCAAUCAAAUGACUGCUGCUGCUGUACAAUUUUUCCCAUGUUUUGCUGUAUUUUUGUACUGAAACGUCAAAGAUGAUUGUGAGGUGAAGCUGUUUUCCUUGGUUAAGCGUGGUGUUUGCUUAGGUUAGUUUUUUUUUUUUUUUUUUUUUUUUUUUUUUUUAAGCUGUUGCGUAAAACUCCUGGGAUAUUGCCAGAUUUUCUUUUAGUGGCCGUCUUACACUCCUGUCCUUCGCCUGCACUCUGUAGUUGUUAGCAUAGAAAUAGAUUCGUCCUACUGUCGUCAGCCAUCUGUGGCAUUUGCGCGCAGGGCACUGCUGCCAAAUGGAACCUUUUCACUCUAGUUCUGUUCCUCUUGGGAUUAGAGGACAGGUCACUAAAGUUCAGUAAAGUUCCCCAUUGCCUGCAGGAUUUUCUCUCACUUUUGCGAUCUUGUUUCUGUUCAGGGGUAGUUCAGGAGCUUGGUGAGAUUUGGAUGUUCUUAAACUUUGUGUCGUGUGGAUGAUUUGUGAGAUAUUGUGGCAACUGUAGUGUGAAGGUUGUGAGUGUAAGAAUUUGUUGAAUGUGGAAUUUAUGUGGUGGUUAUUUUUUUUUUUAAACGUUAAUUUACAUGACUCUACGUGAACUGUUCAAUGCACAUGGAAGGGAAUAGACUCUGGUGGUGCUUGGGUCAAAUAUAUUACCAAACUCAAGCUUGAAGGCUUAAAAAAAAAACAAACAAACAAAAAAAACCAUUUAAUAUUUUCCCACUUCCUAUUUUUAUGUAUUUACUAACACUUUUCAAAGUGUUGGAUAUAUCUCACUGUCUACAAGGUAGAUUCUUAUGCAUAUUUGAUAAUCAAAUAAGUAAGAUGCACAAAGAGAAAAAGAUCUAUAAAUGUAAGUUUGUAUUCAUCAGAGCCUUUUGUCGUGUUUAGUGAUUUUGUCCAACUGUGGCUGGGUGUACAUGUUGUUGAGUAGAUUUUUGAUGCCACAGGUGAGCAGUUAGUUGCAUUCCAUCUGUACUGCUUUCUUUAAACUACAUCAAAUGGACUUUUAUAUGUGUACAAUUAAGUAUUUGAAUUCUUCCCUCUACUUUUUUUCUUCGAUGUUGCUGUCGUUGGUCGCUUUUUGUCUUAUUCUCCUUCAAGACUGGAUAUCCAAGACUGCUCUUUGUGAAACAAACUCCUUUGCUUGUAAACUUUGUAUUAUGAAUGUCUUUCUCUCAAGUGUCUUCACUAGAGUAGAAAAAUGUAGAAUCCUCUAUUUAAACUGAAUGAGAUUAAUAAUGAAGAUUAAGUGUUAAAUGUUGAUACAAAAUCCUCAUAGCAGGUAGUAAGGUCAAAUGUGCAAGCUGAUUAAUGCUCCUUUUAAACGUUUUAUAGUAGCUCACUAUUAAAAGAACGUAUUUAUGUUUAUUUUAUGGUUUAAGUAUUAAUGUAUUCUCAACGAUUUAGAACAGCAGCAAAAGGCAAGUAUUCCAUAUAGUUACUGUACCCAUGGGGUUUAGGUAUGAAUGAUAUUUUUGUUUAAACUGGUCACACUCCUCUGUGGCCAAACCCUUCCCAUUCACUUUGCCCUUAUGCUUGCUUUGGUGUUUCUGCUGUCUGUGUACAGUGGAAUUUGGUGAUGUGUUUUAUUUGACUUCUGUCACUUUAUAUCUUAUACAUGUAAACCUGAAGUUAAAUAAAAUAUGGGGUGAUGUUUCAGUUUUCCUUUA